AUGAGAAGCGAACAUGUGGUUGGCCAGAUGAAUGGGUCUUUGAUGGCUGCACUACCCCAAGUAGUAUCAAUCUGCUACUCUUUUACGACUAAUGCUAUCUACUACUGGGUACUAGUAGCAGCUUAUGGAGGCGAACGAGAAGGAGAAUUCCAUGAUUUCAUGAACCCACAGGGGUUGAAGAGAGAGAGGGUGGAGACCAAAAAUUUUCCUUCUACAGCGGUAUCUCUGUGUAUGUGA